AUGCCGCUACUAGCGGACGACGGGGCGAGCGGCGGAGGAGCUGUCGGACUGAACAGUAACUUCAUCGGCGGAUUGUACGGCGGGCUGAACGGAAGUUUCAAGAUGGGCGGAGGCAGGUGGCGGUACCUGGCGGGCGCGGGCCUUCUGGUGGCGCUCGCGCUCUUCGCCCCGCUCGCCUACCAGAUGUGGCAGCCCAGCAGCGACGUCUCCUUGAUCCCCUCGCAGUGGCAAGGCGUCAUGCGCCUCUCCACCGCGCCAACCGGCACCGACGCCUGGAGCACGCUCAUAUUCUCUGCCGCUAAUCCCGCCGGCCGCGCCGCUGGACUUGGCAGGGAGACGGCCAGCGGAGAGCCGUGGGAUGCGAUGGAGGUGGAGGCAUCUGAAGGGCUGUUUCUCGCCGGCGCCGCUGCCGUCAUGCCGUCACCUGAUGACGUGUUUUUGGCAUCCGAUGAUGUCAGCCCGCCAGCUGGUAACCAAGGCUCCACUGGCGAAAUUCGGAGCGCUCCGUCGAACGAUAAAAGCGAUAACGAGAGACCUACUAACGAGACGUCUAAUACUGGAGACAAUACUAGUGUCGUUGCGCUAGAAGCCACCGCGGUUACAAGCGAAACUGCUGACGGCGGGGAUGGAUUGCGCGGGAGAGCGGAGGAGGCGGAAAACCGGGAGAACAAAACCGGCGCAUCAUCAACCGCGGACAUGCUGCGGAGAUCUCCCCGCGCAGAUGCGCCACCCGCGGGGACAGCGGACGGGAAAGAGCUCGGGGGGGACAGUGGCGGGGGAAGGCGGAGAGGGAAACCGUGGGAGGAGCGCAAAGGGUUUGACGCGGCGCUUCCGCGCGCGACGGUGAAACUUCUGCGGAGAAUGACGAAGGCGGGCCUGCCGAUUCCGCGCGACCCGUGGCUGUGCGCGACGCGUGCUGCAGACGUGGAGGGAUACACGCGACCUUCAGAGGAGGUGAGCGGGCAGUACGUGUUCCGCGGCAGCACGGUGGACGGGGCGGACUGCCGCCUCUUCUACGCCGCGCUCACCACGCCCUCGCCCUUCAACGCCACCUUCACCACCCUCUCCCGCUCCGACCCGCUCCCUCUCCCUUUCCCCCCUUCCGAUUCCUCUCCCUCCUCCGACUCCGCUUCCUCCGCCGCCUCUUCCCCGAUCCCCAAGAUCGCCUUCCUCUUCCUCACGCGCGGGCCGCUCCCCUUGGCGCCGCUGUGGGAGCGGUUUUUCCGCAACCACUCGGCGUACUUCACCGCGUACAUGCACGCCGCCACACCUGGUUACCGCGUGGAUCCCCGCGUGCGCAAGAGCCUCAACCUGCGCGCCGUGCCCAGCAAGCCCGUGUUCUGGGGGACUCUGAGCAUUGUGGAGGCCAUCAAACGGCUGCUGGCCACGGCCCUGCUGGACCCGCACAACGUGCGCUUUGUGGUGGUGAGCGAGAGGGACGUGCCGCUGCACGCCUUCCCCACGGUGUACCGCUACCUGCUGGCGUCCAACCAGUCGUACGUGGGCGGUUACCGCAAGUUCUUCCGCGACAACAAGGCCGCCAUCAAGGUCUUCCCGCGGUCCCUCGUGGUGGACGGCUGGAUGCACGGCGAGUGCUGGGUCGAGAUGGCCAGACCGCAUGCAAUGGAGGUGGUGCGGGACUGGGAGUGGCAUGAGAAGGGCCGCGACUACUGCGCGGUGAUGCAGCGCCCGACAUGCUGUGUGGACGAGAAUCUCAUCCACAACAUCAUCACCUCCAAGCACCCCCACCAAGUGGCCAACCGCAGCGUCAUGAGCGUUGAUUGGCAGCGCAAAACAGGCCACCCACACACGUACCUCCCUCGGGACAUCUCGCCCGAGUCGAUUCGGAGCAUUCAGGAGGAGUGGCAUGAGAACCAGAAGCGGCCCUACUCGCAGCCCAUGUUUCUGCUGCCCAAGGAGUCGCAGAAGUUUGUCAUGUCCAACCGCCGGUGUACAGUGAGCGGGGAGAACGCUACGUGCUGGCUCUUUGCACGCAAGUUCAUUGGGCUGUCGCUGCGAGCUCUUAUGGACCUUCCAAGGGAUGUGCUUGGAUAUUAG